AAACCUGGCAGUUUGACCACCUUCCUGAAUAGACGCGCAGCGGACUUGCCGGACUUUCCCGUCUCUAAACACAUUUUACUCUGCUUUUAGGUCUCUUCGUUCAGCAUAAAUGCCGAAACCUCGCCGCGCGGCUUCGGGUCUAUUUGCCGUCUGCGUCCGUUGCUAGGUGAUGGACGGGGAGCAAAAUCAGCUGAGCGACGAAGAGCCCAAAAUCCUGCGAGAAGAGACCCGGAGAAGAAGAAGAAAGAAGGCCAUCUCGUCCUCCUCUUGCCCCUCCAUGGAUCAGAUCUCUGUCGAGUUCGUCCUGCCCACCGCGGCGCGCGGCGGCAGUGGCACCGAAAUUCUGCUGUUGGAGGUCGCCGGAAACUGGACGGUGGAGCAGGUGAAAGCUCAGGUGUGGCUGAAGGCGGUGACCCUCAACCUCUGUCCGGACUUCUACCAGCGGUUUUCCCCCGACCACUGCAUCCUGCUGUACCAGAAGAAAGGCAACGUGUGUGAGAUCUACGACAAGCACCAGGUGUUCCAGACGCUGGACUGCAUCCGCUACUGGAGAGCCCUCAAGAAGGACGUGGGGCGGAUCCAGCUUGUCCCACGUCCACAGCCCGCAGACGACUCCCUGCAGUACCAGAGCUACCUGAACUACCUGAUCGGCUACGACGUGACCGACGUGAGUAACGUGCACGACGACGAGCUGGAGUUCACGCGCAGGAAGCUGCUGACGCCGCGGCGCAUCGAGCUGACCGACCGCGAUGCCAAACUCUACUCCAUGGACCCCUGGGUGGCCCGCAAGCCGCUGCCCGAGCACCUGCUCAGCAAGGUCAGCAACGCUCACGUCCUUUUGGUGAUCCACAUCAGCACGGCCAGCCAAACCAUCAAGGUCUCCCUCCAGGACACGCCGGCGCAGGUGUUGGCGAGCUUUUUCGCCAAGACGGCAAAUAAGAGAGUUUUAUUGGGCAUUCCUCAGAACAUGUGCGAGGCCGACUUUGUGCUACGUGUGUGUGGAAGGGAGGAGUACCUGUAUGGGGAUAAACCGCUUCAGGACUUCAACUGGAUUCGUCAGUGUCUGAAGAACGGGGACGAAAUCCAUCUGGUUCUGGAGUCUCCCCCUGACACAGACCUGGAUCUGGUCCAGAAGGAGGACUGGGCACAAGUGGACGACUGCACUGGAGUGGCAGGUACCCAUGAGCAGUUGACCAUCGACGAGAAGGACCAUGAGCGGGUGUUCACCGUCUCUAUGUGGGACUGUAACAGGAAGUUCAGAGUGAAGGUGCUGGGUAUCGACAUCCCAUUCCUCCCCAAAAUCCCAGAGUUCAUCGUCUUCAUAGAAGCCAGCAUCUUCCACGGCCAGCAGCUUUUAGCCCAGGAGAGGACGUGCUCUAAAAACUUCAGCGAAGAAGUGCUGUGGAACUGCUGGUUGGAGUUUAACAUAAAGAUCAGGGAUCUGCCUAAAGGAGCGCGACUCAACCUCCAGGUGGUCUGUGGGAAGCAGCCUCCGACGGCAAACUCCAAAGGCGCCUCCGCCUACCAGGAUAAUGCACCGGGAGCUGGCAGCCAUGAAGGAAAGACCAAAAGCCGCCUCCUGUACUACGUCAACCUGCUGCUGAUCGACCACCGCUCCCUGCUGCGCCAGGGCGAGUUCAUCCUCCACAUGUGGAAAAUGCCGGAGAAGAGCGAGGAGAGCAGCAGCAGCAUCAACGCGGACAAGCUCACCUCGGCCACCAACCCGGACAAGGCCUCCGCCAUGGCCGUCGCCAUCCUGCUGGACAAGUACUGUUACCCGGUGGUGCUGCCCAAGAGCCGCAACCUCGUGUGCCGUGACGCCGGGGGCGAGGAGGUGGAAGGGGGCGAGCGAGGCCAGAGGGAGAUGCCCAACCACCUGAAGAAGCAGUUUGCGGCCAUCGUGGCCACCGACCCCCUGCACCCUCUCAGCCCAGAGGACAAAGAGCUGCUGUGGCACUUCAGGCACGAAUGCAUGCGCGACCCCAGGGCCUACCCGAAGCUCUUGGGUUCAGUCAAGUGGGGAAGACAGGAAGACGUUUUGGCGACACACCGGCUGCUGGAGCGCAGCAGCGCGUGGGACAGCAGCGGCCUGGAUGUUGGCCUGGCCAUGCAGCUGCUGGACUGCCACUACUCGGACGCCCAGGUCCGCUCCAUGGCCGUCAGGAAGCUGGAGACUCUGGAGGACGACGAUGUGCUCAGAUACCUCCUGCAGCUCGUACAGGCCGUCAAGUUUGAGCCGUACCAUGACAGCGCCCUGGUCAGGUUCCUGCUGAAGAGAGCUCUGAGGAGUAAGCGUAUUGGCCAUUUUCUCUUCUGGUUCCUGCGCAGUGAGAUCGCCCAGUCCAUGCAUUACCAGCAGAGGUAUGCUGUCCUGCUAGAGGCCUACCUCAGAGGCUGCGGUGAAGACAUGCUGCAGGACUUCAGGAAGCAGGUGGAGAUGACGGAGGCUCUGCAGAAAGUCACCCGCGAGAUGAAGGCCAUGUCCGCCGACAAGUGCGACAUUACUGCACAAGUGGUGUUCCAGUUGCGUCAGAAGCUGGAGACUCUGCAGUCGUCUGGUCUGCCGGAGAGUUUCAGGGUCCCUUACGAUCCUGGACUGAGAGCUGGAGCCCUGAUGAUUGAGCAGUGCAAAGUAAUGGCGUCCAAGAAGAAGCCGCUGUGGCUGCAGUUCAAAAGGGCCGACCAAACGACUCUGUCCAGAGACCCCAUCGGCAUCAUCUUCAAAGAGGGCGACGACCUCAGACAGGACAUGCUCAUCCUGCAGAUCCUGCUGAUAAUGGAGUCCAUCUGGGAGACCGAAACACUGGAUCUGUGUCUGUUGCCGUACGGCUGCAUCUCCACUGGGAACAGAAUAGGUAUGAUAGAGAUUGUGAAGGACGCCACCACCAUCGCUAACAUCCAGCAAAGUGUCAUGGGAAGCACCGGGGCGUUCAAAGACGAAAUCCUCUCCCAGUGGCUGCGGGACAAGUGUGUCAGCGAGGACAAGUUCCAGCAGGCAGUGGAGAGGUUCCUGUACUCCUGUGGAGGCUACUGUGUGGCUACCUACGUUCUGGGUAUCGGGGAUCGCCACAAUGAUAACAUCAUGAUCACUGAAUCUGGGAAUCUCUUCCACAUCGACUUUGGUCACAUCUUGGGGAAUUACAAGAGCUUCAUGGGGAUCAGUAAGGAGUGGGUUCCCUUCGUUCUCACGCCGGACUUCCUCUACGUCAUGGGAACGACGGGAAAGAAGAGUAGCCCCCAUUUUCAGAAAUUCCAGGACGUGUGUGUGAAGGCUUACCUCGCCCUUCGGCACCACACCAACCUGCUCAUCAUCCUCUUCUCCAUGAUGCUAAUGACCGGCAUGCCCCAGCUGACCAGCAAGGAGGACAUUGAGUACAUCCGUGAGGCACUGACUGUCGGCCGCAGCGAAGACGAGGCCCAGCGCCACCUACUGGACCAGAUAGAGAUCUGCCGGGAGAAGGGCUGGAUGGUGCAGAUCAACUGGUUUGUUCACCUGGUGUUGGGGAUCAAACAGGGUGUAGAGAAACGCUCUACUUAGGCCUCUGGUUUAUUAGGAAAGGUUAAAAUUGUCUUCAGGCAUAUCUGUUUGUUAAUUUUCAUUUGACGUACCGUAUUUUCCGCACUCCAAGGCGCACUUAAAAGCCUUUAAUUUUCUCAAACGACAGUGCGCCUUAUAAUCCGGAGUGCCUUAUAUAUAUGGAUCAAUUGGUUAAUCGGUUGAUCCAAACUGGUUUUACACGGCGCUCAAGGCGCUCUGCCAAACAUGCCAAAGCUCGGUCUACGACGGCGAGAUGCUGAGCGGCGCUCAAGCGCGUGAGAUAUGGAGCUUGUUUCAGGGCGCCUUGGAGAAACAAAGCUGUCGUUCUUGCCAAGCACUUAACGAGAUUAAAGAGCGAGAGACGGUCCCCUUUUCUUUACAGUAGCUGAACCAUCUUAACGGGGAAAAUAAGUUAUUCUAAAAGGGGCCCUUGGCAGGCAGCGCGGCUGGAGAGCAGCCGAAGAUUUAAGGCGUGGAUGGCUAGCGGACGCAGCUCGCAGCAUCGAUCAGACCCUGAAAGCACAGUUUCCACCUCCCCACAUCCCCCCCCAUCCACCCGCCCCGACGUCAAACGUUUGACUGCAGUAUCUUAUGCGCCUUAUAAUCCGGUACGCCUUAUAGUGCGGAAAAUACGGUAAAUAGUUAUGCAAACAAGAUCCAUACAUGCUAAACUAAAUGAGUCUAAACAUUCUGCGUUUGUAUGUUUUUAUUACACUGCUUGGACCAAGUCAAACAUGGAAGGCGAAGCUCAAUUUUUUUCUUGUUGUCCUAGUUUUUAAACAACAUGACUUCUCAUUUCCACACAUUUUGUACUGUUUCUCAAAUGGGAAAUGCUUAAAACUGUGGGGUAUGAUUUUGGUCAAAAAAACCUUUGAGAAUAAAAAACAAACCAGAAUAAGGAAUUGGAUCUUUGCACACACUUCUUUUUAUCCUUUGAAAAACUAAAGCUACUUCUGGUUUCUAGUUGUCAUUCCCAGCUGAAAAAAAAAACAUUUCUCUCACAUUUCCUUUGCAUUGUUUUCAUUUCAAAACGUAGUAUGUUACACUGUUUAUUGGAUUCCCACUGAGAUAGUUCUACACUGUCUGGUAGAUUGUAUUUUGGAAGAUCAGUCUACAUGUUUAAUAUUGAAAACAUAAAUGAUGUAUUAAAAUUCCAGUUUGAUCAUGCUAAUUUAUAACUGCUGUAAUGGACUGUUGUUAAAGGCUCUGCUUCCUGGUCUGUUGGUGACAUUUAGCACAUGCUGGUCAGUGCUGUGAUCACGUAGAUGGUGGAACUCGUUUGUUUUUUAUAUUUGCCUACAACCAAUGAUUUUGAUAUUUUUAUUACAUUAUCAAUGCAAAGUUAAAAUGAUUCUGUGCAAGAUCACUUAUGUCUUAAAUGUUUAUGCUGGAUCAAAAAAAUAAGACAAGCCAACUUUAACUGAGAGAAACAAGCUUUCACUCAAUUCUUCUGUCGAAAUGAAUUUUUACAAAUGUAUGAAAUCACAUUUAGAGACAGACGGUUUAUUAUAUGAGGCAAAACAAAACCCACAAUUAUGAGGUUGUAUUAACAAUCAAAUUAUUGUUCUAUUAUAUAGGAGCAAUUUAUUUCCUUGUUGGAGAUGAAAGCUACAACAAGCUUCAGCAGUUUGAAAGACUUCUCUAUUAUUAAACAAGGCUAUUAAACCUUUAUUUUCUACUAAUGUCUGUUGUGACUGUCAAUUUGAAUCAUUUAUAUUGAAAAUACAAUGUAUAUGUAAUGAUAUCAGGGUAUUGAAGUUAUGUUAUCAGUUAUCAAACUUGAACUGCUUGUUUGCAUGUAAUACUUAAAAUAGUGCACAUUUCUGUCCCUUCUGUCUUGCCUUUUUAUAUGCUUGUCUUAAAAAAUCCUACAAACUGAAGGAAAAUGUUGUUCUUGCCUCAUGUAAUACAUAAACAGUGAUAGUCAAUAUUAUCCACAAGAUGGCGCAACACCAUAAGCCUUCUAGAGUUACAGCAUUUGACUAUCACUAACGAGCCUCCUCUUCUCCUUUGCCUCCUUCUACCCUACUCUUCCUCACAGAAUUUCCCUGUUCAUUCCUCUCAGUUCCCUAUUCAUCCCUUCAUCCAGCUGAUGUUUCUCUCCCACUCUUUUCCAGCACAAUUUGAACAGGAAUGGUACACGUGGGUGUGAGUGCACUGCACAAGAAACAAGUGUCUAUCAUGCCACUUAGUGUUGCGACUGUUAUCUGCUGUGUAUGUUGUAAUGUACAGGGUGUUAAGGGACUAAAUGGAUUUGGACAGAUAAGUCUCUUUAUUCCCUGAGGCUUUAAGGCCUCCCUCUGCUCUUUGUUACGCUGCUAAAUGUAAGCUUUUUAACCUGGAGGUGAGGGGAGUGAAAAGAACCAGAUGUGAAUGGAUCACAUAACCUCUUCUAUACUUUUUACGUGUUUCUCUUUAACAUUCCUAUUGUUGCAGAUGCAGUUCUUUGUUAUUUGUAUAUAUAAAAGCCUCUAAGCCUCUUCCAAAAAGCAUGCAUCUUUCAAGGAAUCCCAUCAUCUGAAAAAUGAAUAAAAGUUAUUCUCAGUAGA